UUCUCCCUUUCCUUCCACUCAUCAUCGUCCUCCUCUGUCCUCCUCCAGAACCUCCGGUUUCUCCGCUCAUCCUGGAGCUGUGGUUCAGACGUCUCACCUGAGUUUGGAGGAUCUUUGGUUUUCCUGGAAGAAUGAGCAUCUACAGCGUGACCCUGCCAGGCCCCGGGCCCUGGGGCUUCAGGCUGCAGGGGGGCAAAGACUUCAACAUGCCGCUGACCGUCUCCAGGAUCAGUCCAGGCAGCAAGGCGGCGCAGGGGAACCUGAUCCAGGGGGACGUCAUCGUCGCCAUCGACGGCGUCAGCACAGAGGGGAUGACUCACCUUGAGGCCCAGAACAAAAUCAAGAUGGCUCAUCACAACCUGGCGCUCACCAUGACCAAGUCGAAGCGGCCUAUUCCAAUGACGGCACCGAGGAUGGAUGCAUCCAUUCCCAUGAUCCCACACCAGCAGGUUUUCUGCCCCGCUCCUCCCAACGCCGGCUUCCACCCCGGCGUGAUGAAGGACGUCUCGGUCUCCAGCCAUAAGAGCAUCGAGGUCACCGGUCCUGGAGGGAAGGCCACCAUCAUCCACGCCCAGUACAACACGCCCAUCAGCCUGUACUCCCAGGACGCCAUCAUGGACACCAUCGCUGGCCAAUCACAGGCCAAGGGACACGAAGCUGGUCCCGUCUCAGGUAAAGACCGGCUGGUGGACUCCGCUUCCCCGGUCUACCAGGCCGUCCAGAACACAGACAGGGAGCAGGAUGACUGGGGCCGCCGCAGCACCAGCACCCAGUCCAAGACCUUCCAGAUCCUGGCCCACAUGACCCACACCGAGUCCUCUCUGCAGCAUCAGCAGAAGGAGGAUGAGGAGGUGAUGAGGAGGAGCAGCCAGUAUGUGAUUCCGCCACCCAUGCACCAGGCCCCGCCCCCUCAGCACUACCAGCCAGCCCAGCAGCAAUACCAGCAAAUCCCUCAGCAAUACCAACAAAUCCCUCAGCAGCAGCAGCAGCAGCACCAGCAGCCACCCACACAAGCCCCGCCCACCCAGCAGAGCUCCAUUCAGAUUCCUGUUGGCUCCGCCCCCCCUAAGGUUGUCAGCACUGCCUGCAUCUUCCCCUCCCAGCCAGCUCCCAACCAGCCCCCACCUCCAGCCGCCGCCCAAGCCCUGCCUCCUUCAUUCUCCCCCCAGGGGUCCGCCUCCUCCAACAGGCCUCCAUGGGUCACCGACACCAACUUCGCCGAUAAGUUCGACCCUGGAAAGACCACCACCACCUCCACCAAGGUUCAGCCACUUCCACAAGCAGCCCCUCCCCAACCUGCAUACAUCCCUAACCCCUCACCCGCUGGGCCGCCUGCUCCUAGCCCCGCCCCCAUAACACCCAGCCCCGCCCCGUUCCUUCCCGUGGCGAGGGGCGUGGCCCAGAGAGCGGAGAGGUUUGCUGCCAGCAGCCGUACGCCUCUGUGUUCAGCCUGUAACAGCGUCAUCAGGGGCCCCUUCCUGGUGGCUCUGGGCCGGUCCUGGCACCCCGAGGAGUUUAACUGUCACUACUGCCACGUCUCUCUGGCUGACGUCAGCUUCGUGGAGGAGCAGAACAACGUCUACUGUGAGAACUGUUACGAGGAGUUCUUCGCUCCCACCUGCGCCCGCUGCAACGCCAAGAUCAUGGGGGAAGUGAUGCACGCGCUGCGGCAGACGUGGCACACCACCUGCUUCGUGUGUGCGGCCUGUGGGAAGCCGUUCGGAAACAGCCUGUUCCACAUGGAGGACGGAGAACCGUACUGUGAGAAAGAUUACAUCGCCCUCUUCAGCACCAAAUGUCACGGCUGCGACUUCCCGGUGGAAGCUGGAGAUAAGUUCAUCGAGGCUCUGGGUCACACCUGGCACGACACCUGCUUCGUGUGCGCGGUCUGCCACGUGAACCUGGAGGGUCAGCCCUUCUACUCCAAGAAAGACAAGCCUCUGUGCAAAAAGCACGCCCACGCCAUCAACGUGUAGGCGUGAGGCGGACCGCGCCGACCCGCAGCUUCGCUCCAAACUCACCGAUUUGGGUUUUAUCUGUUUAUUCAUGGUGGUUCUGUUCUGUUCAGUUCACACGCAGCAAUCCCUCCACUUACUGGAAGGGAGAUUUACUCUGCACUGAAGGCAACAAUAUGUUUAAAAAGAUUUAUUUCUAGUGUCAGUGUGAGUCUGUCAUUAAAGUUUGGUGUUUGGGCCGUAAAA